CCGGAGCCUGGAGUACCACAGAGACUGCUCCGCAGCGGCUGGUCCGGGCGGCGGCGGCGGCGCUCCGGCUGGUCAGCCGCCUGUGAGCCCCGCGUCCAGCCCAUCGGCUCGGGCGGCCACGGAGCCCAGACUUCUAGAAUUUGGUGCCCUUCCCUCUCUUCAGAUAUUAGCCGUUCUAGAAUGCCCGUUCCUGAAAGGUGCAGAACGUGCUCAGGCUUUGUGCUGAGAGAGAGGUUGCUACCCUGAGGUUACUGUCACUUUGGACACCAACCUUAAGUUCCCAGCCACAAGCUGAGCCCUGUAGCAAGACUUCACGAAAAUUUCAUAAUCUUCAGAUACUUCUGAGAGUGCUUGAUGGGCGGCAUUAUGGCCCCCAAAGACAUAAUGACAAACACUCACGCCAAGUCCAUCCUCAACUCAAUGAACUCCCUCAGGAAGAGCAGCACCCUUUGUGACGUGACCCUGAGGGUGGAGCAGAAAGACUUCCCUGCCCAUCGGAUUGUGCUGGCUGCUUGCAGUGACUAUUUCUGUGCCAUGUUCACUAGUGAGCUUUCAGAGAAGGGGAAGCCAUAUGUUGACAUUCAAGGGUUAACUGCUUCUACCAUGGAAAUCCUGUUGGACUUUGUGUACACAGAAACAGUACACGUGACGGUGGAGAAUGUUCAAGAACUGCUCCCUGCAGCCUGUCUACUUCAGCUGAAAGGUGUGAAACAAGCCUGCUGUGAGUUCUUAGAAAGUCAGUUGGACCCUUCUAAUUGCCUGGGUAUCAGGGAUUUUGCUGAAACUCACAAUUGCGUUGACCUGAUGCAAGCAGCUGAGGUUUUUAGCCAGAAGCAUUUUCCUGAAGUGGUACAGCAUGAAGAGUUCAUUCUGCUGAGUCAAGGAGAGGUGGAAAAGCUAAUCAAGUGCGAUGAAAUUCAGGUGGAUUCUGAAGAACCAGUCUUUGAGGCCGUCAUCAACUGGGUGAAACAUGCCAAGAAGGAGCGAGAAGAAUCCUUGCCUGACCUCUUACAGUAUGUUCGGAUGCCCCUGCUGACCCCCAGGUACAUUACUGAUGUGAUAGAUGCUGAGCCUUUCAUCCGCUGUAGUUUACAGUGCAGGGAUCUAGUUGAUGAAGCAAAGAAAUUUCACCUGAGGCCUGAACUUCGGAGUCAGAUGCAAGGACCCAGGACAAGAGCCCGUCUAGGAGCCAAUGAGGUGCUUCUGGUGGUUGGGGGCUUUGGAAGCCAGCAGUCUCCCAUUGAUGUGGUAGAGAAAUAUGACCCCAAGACACAGGAGUGGAGCUUUUUGCCAAGCAUCACUCGGAAAAGACGGUAUGUGGCCUCAGUGUCCUUGCACGAUCGGAUCUAUGUAAUUGGUGGGUAUGACGGCCGUUCCCGCCUCAGCUCAGUGGAAUGUCUAGACUACACAGCAGAUGAAGAUGGAGUCUGGUAUUCUGUGGCCCCUAUGAAUGUGCGACGAGGCCUUGCUGGAGCUACUACACUGGGAGAUAUGAUUUACGUCUCUGGAGGCUUUGAUGGAAGCAGGCGGCAUACAAGUAUGGAGCGGUAUGACCCAAACAUUGAUCAGUGGAGCAUGCUGGGAGAUAUGCAGACAGCUCGAGAGGGUGCAGGACUAGUGGUGGCCAGCGGAAUAAUCUACUGUUUAGGAGGAUAUGAUGGCUUGAAUAUAUUAAAUUCAGUUGAGAAAUAUGAUCCCCAUACAGGACACUGGACUAAUGUUACACCCAUGGCCACCAAACGUUCUGGUGCUGGAGUAGCCCUGCUGAAUGACCAUAUUUAUGUGGUGGGGGGGUUUGAUGGUACGGCCCACCUUUCUUCUGUUGAAGCUUACAACAUUCGCACUGAUUCCUGGACAACUGUCACGAGUAUGACCACUCCACGAUGCUAUGUAGGGGCCACGGUACUUCGGGGAAGACUUUAUGCAAUUGCAGGAUAUGAUGGGAAUUCUCUGCUGAGUAGCAUUGAGUGUUAUGACCCAAUCAUCGACAGCUGGGAAGUAGUGGCCUCCAUGGGAACCCAGCGUUGUGAUGCUGGUGUGUGUGUUCUCCGAGAAAAGUAACUUAUUUGAGCGCCAGCUGGAGCUAAUGACUACUCCACGGAACAGAUUGUGGGAGAAUCAAGGAUCCUUUCCAGAAUGUUUAUUUCUCGCUGUGUGCACAGGGUGACUACAGGCACCAGUACUGUGAUGAUUGUACUUAUUUGAUACGCACUCUCCUUCACACGGGUCAUGCUGCUCAGAAGGGUGGGUGACAGGUACUCAAGGGAAGAGACUGCACGUGUGGAUGUGAGAAACCAGAUCAUCUCUCUCUCUCUCUCUGGUCUGAGGAGCACUUUCUUACAGUUUCUAACUUAGUGUGCUUGGGAGAAUGUAUGUAUGUAUGUAUGUAUGUAUGUAUGUAUGUAUGUUGUGCUUCAUAUAUUGCAGAGAAUUAAGGUGAGUAUGGCCUGCUAAGUGUGGGCAGUGACCAUCCUAGAUGACUGGAAGGAUAUCAACUUACAUAAACUUGGUAAAAAUGAAAGUAAUUCCCCCUGCCAGAAGCAAACACAUCUUUUCUAAAUACAAAAGUAGCUCCGGCCACCACAGUUCCUUUCUGGAGGAAACCAAGAGAUCACUCUUAAAAUUUGAGAGGGUGAGAGGAGUCACGCUACUCUCACUUAGGAGCAUGGUUGGUGUAGAGAUUGGGAUUAGUGGCAUGAACUAAUUGCAAUUCGAGUGAGCCCAGAAGAGCCCUGACGUGUAAACUGGAAGGCUGGAGAGGACAUAUUAUUUGACCCCAUGGUCUGUCUUUCUUUUUUUUUUUUAUUUUAAAAAUUUAGCAAUGUAUUUCAAAGGCAAAGUUUAAAUCUGGUUACUAUGGUCAAAGUUUUUGUUCCUGCGGUGCUAAGGACUGGAUCCACGGCCUUGCACAUGUUAGGGCAGUACUCGAUUGGGACCACACUCUGAAUCCACAUAAUGUAGUUGCUGAAAUAAAUGCAUAUUGCAGCAGACUGUAGCCCCAUAGUAGGGUCCUAAAGUCAGUUCCAGCAUUAACUAAGUCAAUCAAUAAAUAAAAUAUCAUUAGAACAUUAUACAGAUAUUUAUUAUAAAUGUAGGUAAAAAGUCAAUGUAAAAUAUAAAUUUAUAUAAACUACAUUUUCUGACUACGCUUCAUUGUUGUAAGUAAUUAGUAAAGUGAAGAAGCUAGCAUAUUUUAGAGACAAUAAACAAGCUAAUGAGGUUCACUGUACUGUACUUAGGCAUAUGGACAGCUUCAGACCUGCAUACGUGAAACCACCACAGGAAUAACACAACCCUCCUUGCUCAGGAGCACUGUUUCUGUCCCGCUAGGUGAGUCUCAGAGAACAGAGGGCACAGAGCUGCGUUAGGACGGCAAAUGAAAGCAUCCUCCCCCAACUCAGACAGCUGUUCCAGCGAGGACACAGAAGGGUCAGGGUCUUUUAACGUGUCUGGCAAUUGAGAAGUCUUCUCCUGAAUGCCUCACCGGUGUGAGAAACUUUAGUAGCUCUUUAAAUGUGGAAUUUUUACCAUGUUGCAUCUUCUUCAAACUUUGCAAGCAUGGUGUAGAAGAUACAUUAUAUCUAAUUAGGCAGCCUGCUUCAGUUUUUGAAUCAGGGGUUAUAAAAUGGUUGGUUGGAUCCUUUGCUUCUGGUCUCUGCUGUUUUCACAAACUUGAACAUUCCUCUGACACUCAUUUUCUGCUCCUAGAUCUCCUGGCUCUAGAGUGUCAUUAAUUUUUACUUCCCAGCAAUAUCCCUUGGUUUCAUGAACCUCCUCAGUAUUUUCUCCCAAGUUAACUUUUUCUUGACUCUUCAUUGUUAGAAUAUCUAUGAUUGUUUGGGGAAUUUCUUCAAUAGGCUGAGCCCCUGCCAAAAUGGCCUUCUCAGAGAUUGAGAUAAUAUUUUCAAUAGGACUUGUGAUUGGCUCCAUAUGUACAAGACAUAUCCAAUACUUAACAAGUUUUUUGGCAUCUGGAAUAUUAUGAAUCAGGUCAUUCACUGUGUCUAAAAUUUCUUCUUCUGGGCAUCCCUUCUUAUUAAUCAGGUUCAGGCAUUGAGAAUUUGUUUUGUUUACUUUUUCAGUAAAUAAUCCCUGUUCAUCUUCUUCUGCCAUGGUAGUCCAGAAGGACCCGACUGGGUUUUUGUUUUGUCCUUGUGGCUCAGACUGAUUAGCUAUUAAAUUAGGAGGCCUUUUUAGCCCUUUCCCUUUGCCAGUUCUCCACUCAGUCAUCCGAGCUUUUCUUUCUUACGUGGUUUCUCUGGGCUGAACUGACCUAUGGACAGCUGCUCCUGCUGCUGAGUACCUGCGCUGGUCAAUAGCUUUCGACUUUUCUACCAGUCUGGUAUUAGACAAAUUAGUCCUGGCUACACCUUCAGAUCUAUGCUUCUUGACAGUGCCUUAUCUCUCCUGUGUCCUGAGGAUGGUAUUGACGACAGAGAGAACCCGUUCUGAUCGCAGUGAGUCUUUUUCAAGGGGCCUUUUUCUGACUGUAACAUUGGCAAGGGUCCUGCCGGGGCCCUGUUUCCCAGUGCCCUGGGUAUUACUGUGGAGGCUUCUAAUAGGUGGUCACACAAGGGUAUUCUUAAAUGUAGUGCUCACAGAUUUGGUGUUUACAAACUUGGUGGCAGCAGUCACAUUUGAGGCUCUUAUACUGACAGCGUUUCCAGGCGCAGACUGAGCCUUUGAGGGAAGUUUUUUGGUGGCUGCAGGACUCUCUCCUUUGACAUUCGCGAGCUCUCAUUUUUUUUAUUCCUGUUAGCGUCCUGUUUGGGCUUCUCUGCAGUUGCAUCUUUUUAUUGUCUUUACGGUGACAGCCUGGUCUGAUGUCAUAGUCUGGGCUUGGAUGGCCUGAAUAUUAUCCUUCAAGUUGUGUAUGUCUGACCGGUGACUUCAUCAGCUUUUAAUGGAAUGUAAUUCUUUUCAACUGUGUUGUCAAUAUUUUCUUUAUCGGCCAUUUCGAUUUUGAGUUUCAGAACUUUCUUCCCUUCUUGGAUGUCAUCACUUGUUGAUCUCUCUGAAGGCCGAUUGGUCUCUCUUUGUCCGGGGCAGCUGCAGUUCCCGAGGCACCGUCAAGGUGUUCCUCCCAGGCCAGCCUGGGAAGAGUUUCCUGGACUCUGCCAUCUCUUAAUGCACGUGCCUCGGAUUGAAUCCCCAUGGUCUUUCUAAUGUAGAAUAUUGUACCAUGUUGGCAUUGGAGACUAAGAGAUAACAGUGGAAGAAAAAGUUAGAAUAAGGGUUGUGUGUAAAUGUGCAGAGUUCAAUCAACCUGUGGUAAACAGAAGUACCUGUGACUUUACAAUCGUCUUAAUCCCACCAGGCUCAUGCCACUGUAGCAGUGUUUGUUUUUGAAUGGGUGAAAGACCAACUUUCUGGUGAAUCACGUGCUACUACAUUACUGCCCUUCCAUGCUAUUUAUUUGGGGAGGGGGUGGGGGUACCUGAUUAUUGCCCUGUUGUUCUAAGGGCACACUUCUGCUGUGUGUGGUACAUUUGGUUCUUCUGCUACGUUCUCUUUACCUAUCUUCAAAGUGUGUUCUAUUCAUCCUGGAACAAAAUAAUCAAGGGCAGCGGAAGACCUGUUAGUUCCCACACCUCUGCCAGCAUUUCUGAACUGCCGCUCAAGGCUCCCUGUGUCUGUCAUAGGGUGAAAUUCUUACAUUACUGCUAUAGCAAGUAUGGGAAGGUGAUAGCCUAAAUUGGGCUACAUUUUCCCUUUGCUCUGGAAUUCCACUUCUCCCUCCUUCCCCUAAAUGUGUUGGCCUACAGAGUUAAUUUCCUUUGUAUUUUUUUAAGAAAAUAUUAAAAAUGGACUGUCUGAAAUAGCUUCAA